AAAAUCUUAGCUUUUGUUAAAUUUUAAUUAGUAUUCAUAUUGUUUGUAUUAUUUUAAUAUUUGUGUUUAAAUUAGGGGUCCUGGCUUAAUUUUUUAAUUUCAAUAUUUUUCAUUUCAUAAUUUAAUCAAUUACUAAUAUAAAAAUGAUUUUCUGACUUUUGUUUUUGUUGUUUGACUAAAUGUAUUUUAAUGUUUUUGUAUUAUAGAUUUUAAAGCUAAUAUUGAUUUGGGUUAAGUACCAUCCUCAAUCUCACCCUUGUGUUCUAUGAAUUUAACUUUUGUUUUUUGAUAUGUUCUCUUCCUACAGUUUUGAUAGAUAUGCUGAUGAUAAAAACUUAAAUGAUACAACCGACGAUUACGGAGAAGUUCAUUCUCCUGCAUUUGCCUAUGAUGGAGUUUGUAACUUCUCUUGAGGAAAGGAUACUUAAAAUUUUAAAAGAAUCGAAAUCGAUCUUGUACGGAUAUUUAUAUAGGAUUUUUUUAUCAUUUAUAUGUUUCUUGCUGUUUUUCUAUUUCUACAGAGGAAUGAUUUUUAUAAAUGAUGUGUAUUUUUAUGAUGAUAAAAUCGAAACGUUUAGAGAUAGAAUACACGAAAUGAUAGAUGAUAAACAUUUGGAGUUUUUAAGGAGAUUCACAGACUGGCUGUUUUAUCCGUAUGUUUUAAUUUUUAUUUUAAAGUUUCUUCUCUUCUGUCCACCUGUGUUUAAUAUUCAGAUUUUCCUCAGAUUCUCAAGUAUAUACAUCUUCACGUACUUGAUAAGAGGAAUCAAUGUAAUAUUCUCAUCAAUUCCACCCCCUCAUACAGAGUGUAUGCCGUAUGCAAUUGAAUCGACAAAGUUUAAAACGUUGUUAAAAUUUUUAUUUAGAGAAAAGAGACAAAUACCAUGCACAGGCGUAUUGUUUUCAGGCCACGUGUAUUUUGUAAUUCUAGCAUUCAUCAUCCUCUCACAAAACUCAGGAUUCUUGUUCAAUAUGACUAUGUUUGUGUAUGCGGCACUCAUAUCAGUUUCAAUUGUAGCCUCGAAGUAUCAUUAUUCAAUUGACGCAAUGUUUUCUAUUCUUUUCGCUCCCUUUAUUUACAAUGUAUACUUUUCUAGCAUUGAUUCGUACGGAGUACAAUUCUUCAACAAACUCAAUAAUAAGUACCAAAAACCUAGCAAAACCUUUAAACGUACAAUAUUACAGAACAGUUCACUUGUAAAAUGCAUUUCAUGGGUCGAACAAAUAUCACAACUGCUAGCAUUAGGGAAUAAAGUUAAAAGUUUGGACAAACUUGUCAAUGAAAACGAGUUGGUUGAUCCAGAAUUAGUAAGGAAAUUCAACCUAGUCUCAUAUAUCUUCGGAUUUAGUGAAACUGACGAUUUACUUGAUCUAUACAGAGGCGCCAAUAAGUAUAACUUCACAUACUGGAAGAUAUUGAAAUGUAAAUUCACCAGAAGAUGUAAAAUAUAAUAUUUUUAAAAUAAUUUUUUGCUUCUUUAA